UUGACUCUCUCGGAGGCUGCAGUGGAAGCUACGCCGCCGUCUGCAGGACACGUCUCUCUCUCUCUCCACCAGGUUGUGGCACACAACUGGAGGCCUUUCUUUCCCCAAUUGCAGGUUAAAAGUCCAGAGGAGAGUUCUGCUGGUAGCUUCGUGUCAAUCCCCUUUCCCUAUACAGACAUCCGGCCAGUAUGUCCAGUGAUCCUCCUCCUCCGUACCCUGGAGGUCCCAGUGCCCCACUCAUUGAGGAGAAAAAUGGACAACCUGUAGCAGGUCCUGUAAGAAAUGCUCCUAUACAAGGACAGCCCUUGCCUCCAGACUACGGUCCUCCACCCUAUGAGGCCACACAGCCAGGCUUCCUUCCCCCACAUGUCCCUGGAGAGGGGCCCAUGCCCAUGCCAAUGCCUCCACCACAAGGUGGCCACUACCCAGCUCCGCCCGGUCACUUUCCUCACCCGAUGCCAGGACAGAUGGGCCCUGGUCCCAGUCACUUUGUCCACAUGGGAGGUCACACAGCGACCGUCCUGGCUCCUCCUGGAGCAGCCACCACUGUGACCGUACUGCAGGGGGAAAUGUUCCAGACCUCACCGGUGCAGACUGUGUGUCCGCACUGUCAGCAGGCAAUCGUCACCCGCAUCUCCCAUGAUGUUGGCCUAAUGAACUCACUCUUCUGCCUCUUCUGCUUCUUUGUAGGGUGUGAUCUUGGCUGCUGCUUGAUUCCCUGUCUGAUUGAUGACCUCAAGGAUGUGACACACAGCUGCCCUUACUGUAAGGGCUACAUUUACACAUACAAGCGUAUAUGCUAACCA